AUGAAGGAGUAUAUAUCGAAGAAUAAACUUUACAAUAUUUUGUUGUGGAACCCUUCAAUCAAGAAAGCCUUUGUGCUCCCUCCUACCUUUGGGUCAUUUGAAGAUCAAAGGUUUGUUGUUGAUUGUGCUUUUGGUUUUGACCAAGUUAUAAAUGAUUACAAGGUUGUAGUAAGUUUUUAUAAAAGAAGUGACAUUAAUAUUCCAAAAAUAGUUGAAAUUUUUACUCUUAGCACUUGCACUUGGAAGAAUGUCAAAAAAUUUGACGGGCCAUAUUAUUGGGUUCAAGGUGGUCCAAAGAUUUUUCUUAAUGGUAAAAUAUAUUGGUUAGGGAUUGACAUCCAAAAAGCUACUCCAAAUGGUAUAAUUUCUCAUUUUGUAUCAUUUAAUGUGCGUAAUGAGACAUUAAAAUAUGUUAAGUUGCCGAAUUGUGAGCUACCUAAUGCAUUGGGCCAUGAAAGGGAUGUUGAAAGGUUUCCCAUUAAUUUGGCUCAAUCGAUUUCACUUAUGGAAGUUUUUAAUACUCAUUCUCAAAUAUGGGUCAUGGAAGGGGUAGAAAACAUGGAACAAUCAUGGACUAAACGACAUACAAUAAAUUUACAAUUGCUUCAUAAGUGCUUGUAUUUCAAGAUAGAUGGUGAGUUGUUUUUUGCUGGAAAUAAAGGAGGGGUGAACUCUUACAACAUCUACAACGAAGAAACCAAGGUUCUUGUGAAGAGUUAUAAACUUUCUCCAGUUUUCACUAGCGUUUACAUGGAGAGUUUGGCUUUGCAUAAUGGAGUGCGUCAAGGAACCUUAAUUUCUUUUCCAUUUCGUUAA